UCGCGUCCCGCCCAGAACAGAUCGCUUCGGUCAAGUUGGCUUGAAAACGGCCAUCAAGGUGGUGGAGAAGCAGAGAGAUACCUGGAGAGGUGUUUUAUGUAUGAGUGCCUUAUUAUUAUCACAAACGAAAUGACGGUGGGGAUGUGGCCGGUCCGUUCGAAACACGUUUUUACGGUGUUGUAAGGAAAUGUGCAGUUUGUGCUGCGUUCAUCGAGGUAACGACACAUGAGAACACUGUCACUGGGAGAGAAGAAGUGUGACCAGUGGGUUUGAUCCAAGUGUUUCUGUGGAAACUUCAAAAUAGGAAAAGAACGAUGUGGUCAGUGACUGGGGGAGAUCUGUGAGGCCAGUUCUCACCCACACCCCCCCCGACGGAGUGCCAUCGUGAUGAGCAGCGGCGGGGGCCACAAGGUGCCGUCACUGGCCCGGGGGGACGCCAGCUGCCUCUCCAAACAGAGCCCGCGGCAGGACAGCUGGGAGAUUGUGGAGGGUCUGCGCGGCGCCCCGGGGACCGUCCAGGAGCCACCCAAGCAGGAGGGUCUGCUGCUGAAGAAGAGGAAGUGGCCCAUGAAAGGCUGGCACAAGCGAUACUUUGUGCUGGAGAAGGGCAUCCUGAAAUAUGCUAAGUGUGGAACUGACAUCCGGAAAGGAAAGCUGCACGGCCGUAUCGAUGUAGGGCUGUCAGUCAUGUCAAUUAAGAAGAAGGGGCUGUGCAUCGACCUGGACGCCGAAGAAAACAUCUAUCACCUGAAGGUCCCAACCGAUGAGCUGUUUGAGGAGUGGGUGUUUAAGCUAAGAACUCACCGUGUCUUCCGUCAGAAUGAGAUUGCAAUGUAUCCCAAUGAGAUGCCCCAGUUCUGCUUGCACUACCCCCCCACGAUAUCUCCGGGACUGACACAGACUGCUUCCCUGAGAAAGCGCACGACACUGACAGACCAACCAGCAGGCCAUCCCGAGGGCAAGCUCACAUCUUGGCUACAGUCUUCUGAAGAAAUGGAGAAGGUCAACGACGGCCUCUCGGCAUGUGAAUCCUACCUUCAGGAGAUGGACCACCUGUUGAGGAACAUGGAAUCUCUUCACCGGACAUGCUCCACACCAUCCAUGACCACGUUCCCUGCGUCCUCCUUUGACAUUGCUGGCAAAAAGGAGAAGAGAACUCACAGAAGAUGGCGCUCAAAGAAUUGUGGGAAAGAUGGCAAAAUGACACUCCAGGUGCCCGCGACGAGGAACAUGUUUGCUGCUCAGGUACCCAGCUGCAUAUCGUCCGGCUCCAUUCGCCUCCACUCCUCCAACCCGAACCUGUCUACCAUCGAGCUGACCAGCCAUGAGGUUUACGCCGAGACUCCCGACUCGCCCACGGAGGUGUCCAAAAUCCUGGAGGACUUCUAUCGGGUGGCGAGAGACUUGAACGGCGCCAUGAGGUCCGCCUUCGGAUCUCUGUCCUCGGAACGCGAGCGAAUGAAGGACUUCAUGCAGCACGAGGCCUGCCAGCUGCCUUCCCAUCAGACCCUGGGGCUGAAGAACACCCUCAAAUCGGACUCCAUUGAUAGGCGCCACCCCCUGGUCCAUCAGGCAUCCAAUGAGAGCAGAACAUCCAUUCCUGAGUCCCUCUCGGAGUUCUUUGAUGCACAGGAGGUCUUGCUGUCUGUCAGCUCCUCUGAGAAUGAGGCCUCAGACGACGGAUCAUACCUCAGCGACGUCAGUGACAGUAUGUCCAUGGAGCAUCUGGACGAGGCGGAACCCGAGAAGCCCCCUUUAGAAUGUGUGCAGAACGGUGCCGGCGACAUGCGGCGCAGGUCAAACCUUCCCUCCCCGAGCUCCUCCAGCCCCAUCAGCUUGUGGAACAUCUUGAAGAACAACAUCGGCAAGGACCUGUCCAAAGUUGCCAUGCCAGUGGCGCUGAAUGAGCCGCUGAACACGCUGCAGCGGCUGGCGGAGGAGCUGGAGUACAGCGAGCUUCUGGACCGCGCUGCAGCCACCGAGGACCCCGUUGAGCGCAUGGUGUACAUCGCCACGUUUGCAAUUUCUGCAUACGCAUCCAGCUACCACAGAGCUGGCUGGAAGCCCUUCAACCCGCUCCUGGGGGAAACCUACGAGUGCAUCAGACCAGACAAGGGUUUCCGUUUCAUCGCAGAACAGGUCAGCCAUCACCCACCAGUAUCAGUGUGCCAUGCAGAAUCAAAGAACUUCACCUUCUGGGAAGACAUGCGAUGGAGGAACAAGUUCUGGGGAAAGUCGAUGGAAAUCGUGCCAGAGGGCACCACGCACGUGCUGCUCCCACGGUUUGGGGACCACUAUGAAUGGAACAAGGUCACCUCCUGCAUCCACAACAUCAUCAGUGGCCAGAAGUGGAUUGAACAUUACGGGGAGAUUUCCAUCAAGAACAACAGAAGCGGUAGCUGCCAAUGCAAGGUCACCUUCCUCAAGGGGAAGUCCUGGAGCUCAAGCGUCAACGAGGUGGAGGGUGUGAUCACUGACCAAGCUGGGAAGGUCGUUCAGAAGCUGUUUGGGAAAUGGCAUGAGAGUAUCUACUAUGGAAACCCGCCUUUAGCCACCAUCAUCUGGAAGCCAAAUCUGAUGCCCCCCGAUUACGAGCAGUACUAUGGCUUCACCCAGUUUGCCAUGGAGUUAAAUGAGCUGGACCCCACCCUGAAGCCACUGCUGCCCCUAACUGACACGCGGUUCCGCCCUGACCAGAGGUUACUAGAGGAGGGGAAUGUAACAGCUGCAGAAGAACAAAAGCAGAGGAUCGAAGAGCUUCAGAGGGUCAGGAGAAGAGUUCUGGAAGUGAACAAGCUCACACAUCAACCACGAUUUUUCAGGAAGUCGGGGGAUGAUACUUGGAUGACCAAGAACACCUACUGGGAGCUGAGGAAGGACUCAGGAUUCGCCACUCUGGACUGUCCUGUGCUGUGGUAACUCAGGGGACCUGGAGGCAGGGGGCAUCCUGCUUUCUGCUACGGCUGCGAUGGAGUAGUGCAUCGGGCCGGCCGUUUGGUGGUGAUGCUAUGGUGUGUUUAUUUGCUGACCUUCCCCCUUUCUGCCACUGGGAUGCACUACAGUGCCUUAAGCCUGUUCCUUCUAUGGAGCUCAACGCUUAGACGGAAGCCUGAGACUUUGUCAGAGGAACGACAGCAUUAAAGGCUUCACGCUGUGUAGGACUCACGUUACUUUUCUGUAACACCACACUAGAUUGUGCCAAGGACGAAGUCUGACUUCAGAUGAAUGUGCUGUGUUGUAGACUGUUGAUGUUCUAUUUCCAUUAAAAAAAAAGAUGCUAACUGCUGUAGAUGCUUCCCAAAAUGAAUUAAUAACAAGCAAGAUAAUGGUUUUUAAAACAAAUAUUAUAUUAGGAAACUGCACGUUAAUGACAAAUAUUCCAGUAAUAAUAAAUUCUGGAAUUCAAAACCAUUUAUGUCCACAUGAUGUAAAAUGCCAAAUUACUCACAUUUUUCCAAAUGACUAAUAGGAGAUUCGCUUUAAUUCGCUCUUUGUGUAGUUUUGAUUGGGAUCCACUCUGUCUUUGAUCUAUGAUUCAUAAGCGAAUUCCCCGCAAAGACAGAAUGCCCAAGUGUUUGUGUCUGUUUGGAUUUAUAUGUGAAGAACAAAGAAAAUUUUAAAUAAUAUUUACAGUAAGUGCUUCACUUUAGUUGCCGGUGACGUCCGGCUGUGUGUGUUUUUUUUAGAUUUCUGAUACUGCUUCUUCAUUUGUUUUUUUCCCAGUGUUUUCAAAAUGUUCUACAAACAUCAUCUAGAAAAAUAAUUAAUAUAGUUUUCCUGCAUCAUGCAGCACAUCGUAUGCGUCAUUUUAACCAAAUAUAGUCUAAUUCAGUCUGUUCCUUUUUUAGUUUUGAUUUUUAUUUCCACAAAACGUCUCGGAUGCGUAUGAAAUGAUCCCUAGCGUAUAGUCGUGGCUCUGCGAAUCUGUAAAACGACAAGAUGGACAAGAAUUCACGUGAACCUACUUGUAGGUCAUGAGCUGCAAUUUACAGCCUUAGAUCUAGUAUAUGCAAUAGAUUACUUGUGAAGUCUGUAUGCAAGUUGACAUUCUGAAUGUACUGUGACUAUAAGCCCUCUGUCGAUACUGUGAGGUUAUAACUCACAGUGUCUGUGACUUUGCACCCUGUAAAAUACAUGCCAAAACUUUGCCCAGCGGUGCCAAGAGACCUCUUCACUAUUACUGAACUACUGCUCCAUGAGAACUUUGCCGUCUUCGUUACUAAAUAUUGCCUUAAUCAAUCGGCCUUUGGGAUUGACAUAGAAAUGCCAACAUUGGGAAAUUUAUGCACUGUCUAUAAGUCGAUAAAACUGCCUUAUUUUACAUUGACUUCACUAGUAAGCCAUGGAAUAUUGUAAUAUAUACUAAUGCCUAACGUUUAAACUGAGGUAUUACAGGUUAAUAAAUAUUUCCUCUAGUCAUUG